CGAAAAAUGGUUAUUUACUCUCGCGCAGUCACAGCGGACGGACGUGCGUGUGCGGUACGUGGUCCGUGUGUUCGCUCCGAAUGUUUUGGCGUUAGAAAAGGCCACACCAAAAAGGCAACAGUGAGGGAGGUAAAGCAAAGAAGCUGAAACGAUCCAGCGCAGCAGAAUAGAACAGCGUGCGGUGGCGCCGGGCCAAAGCGGUGUGCAUUUCAAUUAGGGAAAGAAAAAGGAAUCGUGCUGCUUUUUCCCCCGUGCACUGCGACGAAGAGUAGUGUGCCCGGUGAGGGGGAGUCGCCGCCCCGGUUGUGUCUGUGAUUGCUGUGUGAAGGAUAGUGCAGUGUGCGUUAUUUAACAGUUUGGGUGAUUUGGGAGAUUAGCGAAAAUCAUUGGUUCGAUAACGCCCCGUGCGUGUGUGUGUGCGUCUGCAAAGUGUCCAGCGAAGUGUGUGAGGGUAGUGUGGCUGGGGUGGUAUCGUGGGCGGUGUAUGUGCGUUUGUUGAGUGGUUUAAUUGGCGUUCUGUGUGGUGCACACUCACACACCAACACAGAAGGUGAGCAGAGUUGAAUGAAAAGUGCAUCGAAUCAGUGCAGAAAAGUCCGCUCGGUGAAUAUGUGAAGUGCGUUUUCCUUCCGAGCCAUUUCUUCGCUGGAAGAGGCCCGUAUUCCGUUCUUGUGGGCUUCUUUGUUUAGGGUGUGCAGAGCAGAAGGAGCGCGAAAGAGAAGGAGCGUUGGUGUGCGAAACGAGAGCGAGCGAGCGAGCGAGAGCGAACGCGCAGACACACGCACACCGCAGGAGAGCAAGAGCACGAGCGAGAGAAGAAAGGAAGAAGAAGAAGAAGAAGAGUAGAAAAACAACAUCAACAGCAGCCAACGACCGCGCUUGAACCCAUUGGACAAGGUUCUAGAGUCUGAAUACGCCAACCCAUUCCUCGCCACCAUCAUCGUUCCCACCGACAACCGACAGAGGGUGCUGUACUGUCGUGCUCUUCUUCCAUCCAAGCCGUAUUACUGUCACUGCCUCACAAACCAACGAAACCAAAGUGGCCAAGCUACGGCCAUCUGCCAUCACAUACACACUUUGCCAAUCUUCCUGAAACGCUGGACAUCAUCACACGGCGUAAGGAGUAGUAGGAUCGGUGCAUCGAAAACACGUCACCGACUGACCGGUCGCCUGUAUUCGCACCCCAUUUGCCAUUAGUGUCGUAUCGUCAGGCCCCCCCGCAGCAUCACAAAACUUCCCCCCAUCGUCAUUAUGGCGACCACGAUCGCUUCCAGAAGCGGGCGGUUGCUCGCCCUGCUGCUCAUACUGCCCGGUGCGUUCGUAGCGGUAGCACAAGCGGAACCGAUACUGAAGAUCCGCACGACUGAGUUUACCCGGUUUAACGAAGCUGUCGAAAUGCAAAGCUCAACGUCGUACAAUGCGCGCGGCAUGGCACCGCUGUACGAGAUCACCAAUCGCGUCAUCGAUCUGUUCGUCGACGAGAAUCCUAUCCCGGACGGCUACAUUACCGUGAAGGAAGGCGCGAUCGCACCCGGACCGAACGUUUCGGACAACAAUUGGGGCCCGCUGCUGAAGCAGUACUGGGCGAUCCUGCUGGUGGCGGCCCUGUGCAUCAUCAUGAUCGCGCUAAUGCCCAUCAUGGGACUGUGUCUGUGCUGCUGCCGGUGUUUCGGUGGCUGCGGCGGACGAUCGCAACCGUUCGACAAGAAACACGACACCUGCCGGCGGGCCAUUUUGGGCUUCCUGCUGAUCUGCUCCACCUCGGCUUUGGUAUUUGGCGUGGUGGUUGCGUUCGUCACGAACAGCUACAUGCAGCAUGGGGUGGAAAACAUUACCACUUCCGCCCGGCACGGUGUGCACGACACCCGCCUGUACCUGCAGACCACCUCGGCCCACAUCGACCACGUGCUGAACAAAAACUACCAGGAGCUGAACAACGACCUGAAGCAGCUGCUGCACGACGCCUCGGACAACAUUAUCAAGCGGCUCGAGGAGGAAUCGAAGGCGGAAAAGCUGACGACGCUGUACGAGUUCGUGGAAAAGCUGCCCGGCAUCAAGGGCAGCUUGGAGAAGAUGAAGCAGCUUACCAGCGAGCUACGGAUCACCGCCUCGCAGCUGAACGAUGGACUGCGCGGUGUGAAACGAGAACUGCUGACUUCGCUCAACAAGUGCGGCACGCAGGAGUGUAUUAAGGUGAUGGACGAUUACAAGAUCGGACGGUUGAAUGUGAACGGAAUCGACUACAACUCGAUACAAGACAGAUACUUCCCGAGGCUGCCCGAUCUCUCUCAAAUAAUAGAGAGUGUUAAGCAGCUGACGGACAGCAGCCUGGGCAGUGCCAUCCACCAGGGUGUCGACCAGAUGAACGAACUGAAGAGCACGCUGCGGCAGACCGUGCUGCAGAACAUUCCGAAAGUGCAGGCCGCUUCGGACUCGACCGGGAAGGCCAUCAAGGACGUGUCGAACAUGCUGACCUCGCGGCUGAACAACGUGGCCGACACGCUCGGCAACAACUCCUACAAGCACCUGGACACGGCGGACGAGUACAUCGAGCAGUACAGCAUCUACCGCUACUACGCCGGGUUGGGCAUUAGCUCCGUGCUGCUGCUGAUACUGAUGUGUCUGGUGUUUGGGCUGCUGUGCGGCAUCUGUGGCAAGCGGCCGGACGGUUACGGUGACGAUUGCUGCAACAAAGGUGCCGGUGGCCGCUUCUUGAUAUUCUCGGUUGCCAUCAUCUUCCUUACCUUCUCCGUCAUUUUGGCGGUCGCGUUGGCCUCCUUCCUGGUGGGCACGCUGACGCGCCGUGCCGCGUGCGACUCGCUGCGCGACCCGGCCAACGACCAGAUCAUCAACUAUCUCGACCAGUUCGUCGAUCUCAACCGGCUGUACGCGGAUCUGCGGGCGCAGGCGGAACGGUCGCGCACGAAGCUGCAGGUCAGCGAGCAGGUGGAACCGGUCCACAUCGGCGAGGUGAUUGUGGCCUGCCAGCAGAACGAAACGAUCUACAAGGUGCUGAAGCUGAACAACUUCAUCGACAUCCGCACGAUACGCGACUUCCCGGAGCACUACGGCAUUACGCGCGAGCUGGCGGCGCUGAAGGAAAAGAUCAAGAUCCAGUCGGUGCAAAUCCUGACGCCGGAAGCGACGGAAGACAUCCGUGCGCUGCAGGAGUCGAAGCUGAACGAUUUCGAUGUGGAUAAGUUUACCGACAAUUUGACCUUCAACAUCACCGAGUACAACUUGAACGAAAUCGCCGACAAGCUGCGAGAGGUGGCGAACCGUGUGCCAUCCGGCAAGGAAAUGAACGACAUCAAAGUGAACCUCAAAAACCAAGCGCUCCAUCUGUCUUCCUACCAGACCAACCUCGUCGAUCCGAUGAUUGCGUCUACCAACGAGCUGAUUAAGCUGUCCACCACGCUAGACACUAGCCUGAAGUUUGGCGAAAAGUCGUUCUCGGCGGCGAUCGAUAAGUUCCUGACCCAGAUCAAGGACGCCGAGGAGUACAUCAACAAGUACGGCAAAACGUUCGUGCAGAACGUGACCGAGGAGCUGGUGUCCGGCUUUAACAACCAGAUCCAUUCGUACAUCACGCUCGUGAUCGAGUCGACCGAGGGCGACAUUGGGCUGUGCGGACCGGUAUACAACGUGUACGAAUCGGUCAUUGUGGCGUCGUGCAAUCGCAUCGUCGAUCCAUUCAAUGGAUUCUGGGCUGGCGUUGUGUGGUGUCUGCUACUGUUCCUGCCGUCGAUCAUUUUCGGCGUCAAGCUGUCGACGCUGUACCAAAAGUCGGAUCCCUACCCGGGCCCGAUGGUGGAAUCUGAGUAUCUGUAUGAUGCCUACACCGAGCGUGAUAACAUUCCUCUCGCGAGUGGUCCGAAAAACAAGCGCCGCAAGAAGCAGGACCGUCGCCGUGAGUCGCGCGAUCGCCGCGAGAUCUACUACGAAGAGGGCAGCCCUUCGCACAGCCGCGACCCGCGGUACAACGAUAUGGCUCCGAAAAACUGGGAUGGAGCUCCGCCACGGUACCAGAACCCGCCGAUGGCACCACCGGCAGCAGAGUAUGAGCGACCACCACCGUACUACUAUCCGGGCGCUCCGAGCGAACACGAGUAAAGCGCGCCAUUAAUGUCAUCCCUUUAGUUCCGGACAAGAUCCGCGGAGAUUUGUUUCGCCUGCUAGUAUGUUUGGACAGAGUGUGUGGAAGUAGGAAAUGAUCAGUAAUGUACGGUUUGUCGGCCAGACGAUCCUGACCAAUGGCUUCUUCCACAAGAUCCCUUCAAACAGCACCACACACAAAAACACACAUCCGCGCGUGCCAAGGUGCCAGAAAGGAAAGGGAAAUGUGUUCAAACACUGGUUGCACAUGAAAGCGCAUUUGCGCUUAUUCUCUAUCAUCUAUCAUUUACAAAAUUCGCCAUCGAGAACGGAAGCAUAGCACGUGGUUUUUUUUUCGUUUCGUUUCGUUUCGUUUUGCUGUUUUGCGCAGUAAAGCUCCUUCUUUAUUUGCCUAACCGACAUACACACGUAAAUAUUAUACUCAAUGCUGUGCAGGAGUAGUAGUAGUAAUAGUAGUAGUAGUAAGAGCGGAAGAUUGAACUUUUAAGCGGUCCUGUUUGUUUUCCGUUUUGAAGCAGUAAGAAUUAGUUAUAUUUUUCAUACGCUCUACUGCGUUGCCGGGAGUUACGCGACCGGGAUCGGUACAAGCAUUUAAAAGAUUUAAAAGAGACGCGAGAGAGAGCAGCAAGGAAAAUGUGUGUGUGUGUGUAGUAUGAAAAUAUAAGAAUCUCAAAUUCGGUGUGGCCUGUUUGCUGCCAUAAUUUGCUCCAUUUUCAAUGCAACGCCGACGAGUGUACAGGGGUUUGCUGCGUUGCUACAAUUUUCAUUCCAAAAAAGGACCAAACGAUUCUUCGAAUGAGAUCAUUACAAACGAAACAACCAUGCGCCGCAAUAUACGUAGCAUUUGAUCGUGCAUAGAUCGUGACAUACCUUCCGUGUGCGUGCGUGCGUGUGCGUGCGUGCGUGUGCGUGUCUGUUUGCUCAAGAAUGUUAAUUUGAAAAGGGAAGAGAGAAAGAGAAAAAAGCGAGACAUUAAAAUGCUGAAUACGCAUGAAGUUUUAUCGAAUUAUAAUAAUUAGUGGUUUGAUCGCACCGCCGCGACCCGAUCAAUCAGUCCGCUGUCAAAGGGGACAAAGCAACCGCAUACUGCCCUUCCCCUUCCCCUUUUAUUGCGAUUGAAUAUUCAAAAUAUUCUCUGUUUAGUGGGUUUUAAGUGGUCCUGUGUGUGCGUGCGUCUUUUUUACCGCCGUCUUUUUGCUAUUUACGAAUGCUCCGUGCCCCUAUCGUGUCGUCUUCGAAUGGACGGGUACAAUGCUCAGUUUACAUCAGUCACCACACCGUAGCAAAUCCUCUUACCGGCGUGGUGUGGUAGUAGGUAGCGUACACGGGUAUGUUGUAAAAUGGGGGUUUCAGCAGCUCCCUUUGGGUUUUGGUGUGGAGAAACAAAAAGCACAUAAUUUAGAGUAGUAAUUCUGCUUUGAAAAAAAAAGGAAAGAAAGGGCUGGUAGACGGCAACAGGACAGAAGUUCCUUAGGGUGUUUGCAUCGAAGGGGCGGGUUGAACGUUUAAACUCUGUGCUUGUAUAAAUACCCCGAAGGCUGAUUAGCUGUACGUUGUAGGUAAAACACACAUCAUCUUUCCCCCCUUUUCCUCCCCAGCCAAGCACUGUGGUUUCGCAUUUGCAAACGAUCAACCAAGCGCAGGUUUGAGCUGGUUAGAUGGCAUAAUUAUUAUGUUUUGUUUUUUGUUUUCCGUUGCUUAUCGUGUGUCUGUGUUGACGUACGCUGUACGCCUUCCAGCGAUGAUAAACGUUUCUUCUUUUUUUAACAAAAAUCACCCCGUUUAGCCCGAAUCUCGCGAGUAUAGGUUAUUGUUUCGUGAUUUUAUUUUACUUGCUCGAAAAUGCAUACUUUUAAUGAUCGAAAGAAGAAAAAAAUGUUCUUUUAGUUAAUUUAGGAUGUUUUAGGAAAAAAAAGAAGAGAAAAGAAAACACCACAAUGCGAUGCAUUAUAAUUUAGUUUAAUUUGUUGCUAGCAACAGUAGUAGCGAUAGUGUAUUUCAUUUAUUAUUAGUGCGAAAGGUUUAGUCUUUUUUUUUGUUUGUUUCGUUUGCCUGGCGGGUUCGGAUUCGAUCAAGCACUUCUCUUCAUUCGGCCGUAGAGUGUAUGAGUACAUGUGUGUGGUUGGCGAGGCAUCUUUUACACUGCAGGGAGAUGUUGGUGUAAAGUGCCACGUGCUCAGUAAAUUAGAAUUUUAACCGUUUGUGUUGAGGAUGAAAUAAAACUCAAAACAGAAAAGAAGAAAAAACAACCUAUCCGUAAUCCCAUUAUCCAUGUGACGCGAAGACACAUGAGUGUACGAGGUGAAUUGGGAUAAGACUUUCUUAAUAAUUACUAUUUAGCAAACGAAUCACAUAACACAACCGCUCUACACAGAGAGAAUGACACAAAGACGCUGUGGAAGAGCAGUGGAAAAUAACGAUUCUAAAAUAACAGUACCCAAAAGCUCUAUUCUACACACACACGUACGAUCUUUUUAUCCUUCUCAACGCGUUGAACGUAGAUGGUGGAAGAUGGUAAGUGUGACGAGGCAGUAGCACACAUAUAUACACAUAUGCAGUACAGAGAAAAAGAGAAAGGUGUAAAGAGCCGAUAAAAAGAAGAAACAUUUUCGAUUGGAAAGUUGGUAACCAAUGUAACAAAAACAAAACAAAAAUUGGCAUAAGAGAAGCAGUUGGGAAAAUAUAAACACACACACACACACAUGUAGAAGAGUAAAACUGGUGUAAUGUACAACAGCUAACAUACUUUUCAGUGUGGAUUUUUCUCCUCCUCCUGUUGCGUGAAGUUGCAGUUGCGCCGGAGAUUGCAUUUAUUCGUAUAAAUUCAUGUACCUUACUGUGUGUGUGUAAAUGUAUGUGUGCGUGUGUGAGUGUGUACUGGUAUUUCAAAUUUGCCAAUUCUCAAAUUUUGUGCACGGUUUGCCCCUGAUCAUCAUCAUUCUUCUUCACUCGUAAUAUUAUUCUUGAUGAAAGUGAGGUAAAAACGAUCGUCAUCAAAGCUACGAUCUACAUCAAUCUGUUGCAGGAAAGGCAAACAAAGAAAUACCGUAUAAAGCUACGCCAAGUUCACACAAGUGUUUUCUACAUGCAACAAAAUGGGUCAAACAAGAAGAAGAAGAAGAAGAAAAACAACAAAACAAGUAAAACAUAUAAACACACAUCUCAAUGUAAUACAGUAAGAAAGAAGAAACAAAAAUCUGGAAGCAAAACAGCAAAGGGGGUGCUGGCAAGAACAGAUAAAAACUAUGACAGAUAACAGAAACAAACAAGAAGAAAAGAAAAACAAAACUAAAGUGAUAAUAUAUAAA